UGUUUUCAUGCGACAACAAAACAAAAACACCAGCUUAAUGUUGUCAUCAACAAAAAAGUGAAAAGUAUAGUGCGAUUAUUUUCCUUUCAAACGGGAAAAAAUUAAGGUUGCCACGGUUUAGUUCAAUCCAAUGGAGAACGACGAACCCGUCGACGAUGGUUCGAAUGAUCCAGCUCCGAGUGAACAACCGGCGCUGGCUGUAGUAGUUAGUCCUGCCUCUCCUGCGCAAGAAGUAUCCGAGCGAGAUCAGGGCCACAACGAACGGUUAAGUCGGAUGCGAUUUGUCCAGCCGGCCCUGGAAGAAGAUUACGAGCACGACGUCGAGGGUCCGAUCGUGGAAGAGGCUGAUGAUGAUGAUGACGAACUACCCGAAGAGGAUCAAGACGCGUUAACAUUCGAUGAUAAUAGCUCGGAAAAUGGGUUGGAUGAUUCGGAUGCGGACCGACUAUUUGACGAUUAUAUCAACAAUCGGGGACAACAUCAAUCGACGGCAGCGGAAAUCUAUAAUACUGAGCUUCCGACCGAGCACGCUUAUCUUGGUAAGCUGGAACGUGUGGAAGGAGUGGACUACUUAGAGCCAGGCAAAAUUUACCGUCUUCCGAUUUGCAGUCAUAACUCUAUCGUUUUCCCUGGCGAAAUAGUUCCGAUGAUACUCAAUGUGGCCACCCUAAACUGCAACGAUCCAUCGGAUGGAGUGAAGUUUGGACUGGUCUUUCGAACCACGUUCGCGGAUAAUUUCAUCUACGGUGUAACAUGUCAGGUGUUCGAACGUGGCGACCACGAUGCGAAUGGAUCUAUCGUGCUCAAAACGGUUGCUCAGCAGAGGUUCCACACGGUGCGUCAUUUGCCUGGUCGGCGGGCGGAUGUUCUAAUUCUGCCGGAAAUAUUACUGCCUGAUCCACUGCUGAGCAGUUGUUCGAACUUGAUGAAGCGACACGCCGUUAGCAAUGACAAGCAACACGCGCGUCGUUUCAAAGCGUUUCUGUCGCAUGCGAUGACCUGGCCAAAAUUUGUUUACGACCAGUACGGAACCGAGGAAGUACUGAGUAAGGUCGACCGGUAUCUUGCAUUUCUGAAGAUAACCUCCGUUCCUAGUGAUCCGGUCAAGUUGUCCUUCUGGCUAGCGCGGAAUAUUCCCAUCGACGAACGUGACCGAAAGUUGAUCUAUCAGGCUAAUGCUGUCAUCAGUAGAAUGUUAGUCAUCAAUAAAUCGUUGGAUCAUAUGUGCUAUUUCCUAUGCAAACGCUGCGAUAAUGAAGUUGGAAGCUACAAUGAUAUAUUCGCCAUGAGUAAGCAAGGUGUCCAGACCAGUUACUGCAAUCCUUCCGGUUUUGUUCAUGAAACUUUGACCAUUUACAAAACGAAGGAAAACUCGACUUUUAGUGUGGAUCGCCCGACAACCGAAUUCAGCUGGUUUCCAGGAUAUGCCUGGCAAAUUACGUUGUGUGCCAACUGCCGAGAGCAUUUGGGGUGGAAGUUUGUGGCCACCAAAAAGAACUAUCUUCCGACUAGCUUCUACGGUCUAUCUGGCAAUAACAUUAAGGUAAAGUCGGUUAACCGAGUGGUCGCCGCUGUCGAUGAGGACGAUGAACACGGUUCCACUGAACGGAUUACAGCGGAAAGAGAUAAUUCCGACACGGAUGACGAGUUUGGUGCCGUGUAUGAGAUAAUCGACAUGGAUGCGGACGAUGAGGGACGCGAGAAUCUGAUCGACCCCUUCGAACCGGAAGGCGGCGUCGCUAUCGAAGACGAAGGAAUUGUCGAUGAAACGGAAAGGGACGAGCUUGCGGACGAUGACCGAUUCCAGGAUGCUGUAGAGUGAAUUCACUGACUUGAAGAAUUAUUCAAUUACACAUCUUGCUGCAAGGAAAGAGCAGGAUUUUUUUCUGUUUUGGUUCGAGUUGUGCUUAUACACUAAUACGCAUUAAACACUAAGGUAUUUUGUUUCAA